GCGCUCAGGUUAGGCAAAGGAGGAGGGCGCUUGCGCAGUAGAGGCCGGAGCGGGGGAAGCGGGCGCCUGCGCAGGGGGCGUGUCCGUCCGCGCCGCGCCGCGCCGCGCCGCGCCGCGCCCCACCUCUGAAGGCCGCGCCUGCGCAGUUCAGAAAGACUGAGCGGGCCGGCGCCUGCGCGGUGGUGGCCGAGGCUGCUGCACCGGUGGCAGUCAUGGAGCCUGCGGAGCCGCUAAACGAGUUGGUGUCGGCCGAGGGCCGAAACCGGAAGGCGGUGCUGUGCCGACGUUGUGGCUCCCGGGUGCUGCAGCCGGGGACGGCUCUCUUCUCCCGCCGGCAGCUUUUUCUUCCCUCCAUGAGAAAGAAGCCAGCUCUGGCUGAUGGCAGCAAUCCCGAUGGCGAUAUCCUCCAGGAACACUGGCUGGUUGAUGACAUGUUCAUCUUUGAGAACGUGGGCUUCACCAAGGACGUGGGCAACAUCAAGUUUCUGGUCUGCGCGGACUGUGAAAUUGGACCAAUUGGCUGGCAUUGCCUAGAUGACAAGAAGAGUUUCUAUGUGGCCUUGGAACGGGUUUCUCAUGAGUAAUUGAGGGUAGGAGGACUCAACUCCACCCCAACUGUAAAAGCUACUCUCCACAAGAACUGGCAUUUAACGUGGUAUAAUUGUUCUGCUGCCACCUUCUCUGUACCAAUAUAAAUUAUGAGUAUCAACAUGUCCAGCUUAACAUGCAGAGAGCUAACCCUGCUUCCUUAAAGCCUCAAGUGCAUGCCUCUUGCUUAAUUCACUUCGCAUCACAAUAUUUCCUAAUGUCCCCUUUUCCCCAGUUUUAGGACACUGGAAUGCUUCCACAAAUCUUUUCUCAUCCCUAGCAUUCUGCCCAGGUGCUCUCCUACCCAGGGGCUCCCUCAUUUUUUGCUCUAAAAGAGCAAUAAUCAACCUUGUAGCCACAAUGACACAUGACAAGUGAUGCUCAUGUGCUGACAGUUGAAACCACCUUUAUCUCUCUCUCAUUCAAAAAGCAUAUAGUAUCUGACAGUGACUUUGUUGUAUGCUAACUUUAUCUACCAUAAUUUAUUUUUAAAAGUAAAGCAUUUACAAACUUCACUAUUUAAACUACUAAUCAGAAACACAUUACUUUGGACAUAACUCUAAUACCAUGUUCGAGAGCCUCUACUCCAGAUUGAUAGUGAUUUUUAUUGUGAAGAUGAACAUGGCCCCUCUUCCAUUCAGAUCUCAAUGUGUUUUCUCUUCAUAUUAGCUCCUUGCUGCUAUAGCCAGUAAGUUGAAAAUCAGAUUUUCACCCCCAUCUGGCAGCCACCCCAAGGAAAACUCAGCCCAGGCCAUUUUCCCAGGAUCUCUUGGAAUCACAGUGGAGGAUGUGGGAUAUCGGAGGGAUAGGCCUUUGCCAUAUUAUCUGCGAGUUUACAGGUUUGUCUGCUCUGGACCAAUAACUCUUCCUUUAUUCUUAGGAACAACUUCUUUAAUGGACAUUGUCAUCAUUCACUGAACCUUCUGGACAUGGUCUUCACAGAGUUUGAGUUCAAUUGGAAUCUAUACAAUCCAGAAUACAAACUUUCUAUCCAGAUGCCUCUAUUUCUACAGCUGUGGGGUUGCUCUGGCCAUUUGAUAUUAGCAAACUUCUUUAACCAUUCAAUAUGAUGUUCAGUUCUGCCAUUUCUCUUCUGAAAUGACUUACCAUCUUAAAAGAAAUCUGUAUAACCAGGUUUCAGGUAUCUCCCAUCAUCCCUACCUUUAAGAGUCAGGAGACCUAGAAUUGAAAAAAGGACUAAAAGGAGACCUUACAAUCUGCAGUCCAUUCUUUUGCAUCUGUUUUCUGGUUGCCUCCUCAUUCCUGUCCCCCAAACUUACUCCAAGGGCUCCCCAACUAAAGUACAGGCCUUGGGCAUGAUUUUAUCACCCACCUACUGCCCUAGAAAGGUAGCUUCCCUUCCCCAGUCAUAGCCUCAAUGAGCUCUAGUAGAAAACAAGAGAACUGUUUUCCAGACAAAUGCUCAGAUGCCUAUGAUUAUGGCAUUUGCAGAAAAACAACCAAGAAUUAUCCACUAGGUCAGAAGAAACAAAAUAGAUGCCUCUCGGCAUAUGACCCCUCAUUAUAAGCCAAAACCUAGGCAAAGCAUUUUUUUAAAUUAGGCUUUGACUUUUCUUUCCUUUUUUAAUCACAGAAAUAGUACCCAUUCAUUGCAGAUAAAUAUGAAAAUGGGUGUAAAAGUUUUUUUAAUCACCUGUAUUACCACCAUCCAGAGAUUGCCAAUGGUAAUGUGGCAUAUAUCCUCAAUGUUUUUAUAUAUAUAUAUAUAUAUAAAUAUGUAUGGUUUUGUAAAACAAAUAUGAGAUCAUACUGUACUCUUUUAUAACUUGCUUUUUCCAUUUAACAGAAUACUGACUUUUCAUGUCAGUAGAUUCAUCUAUGUACACCAUUGUUUUUCAUAUUCCAUUGUAUUUCUGUACAAUAAUUUAAACAAUCCGCUAUUAGAUUGUCUCCAGUUUCCUAUAAAUAGUGUGAUGUAAUGUGCAA